ACCAAAGAAGAGGAAAAUGCCGUGGAGAAGAUGCUGUCAAUGUUUGGACCCAAAGCUAGGAGAUACAUGAUUCUCUUAUUCACCCGGAAAGAUGACUUGGAUGGCAUGGAGUUCCAUGAUUACUUAAAGGAGGAUCCAGAAGGCAUUCAAGAUCUGAUAGAGCAAUUCAGGGGUCGUCACUGUGAGUUCAACAAUAAGGCAACAGGGGCUGAACAGGAGGAUCAGAGGGCACAGCUGCUGGAAUUGGUCCAGCGCAUGGUGAUGGAGAACGAGGGAGGAUUCUAUACUAAUAAGAUGUACCAAAGGGCUGAGGUGGAGAUUCAGAAACAAAUUCAAGUGAUACAAGAACAACUCAGAGAAGAGCUGGAGAGAGAGAAGAGGCAGUUAGUAAAGGAGUAUGAAGAAAAAAUCAGAAGGCUAGAGGAUAAACUGGAGCAAGAAAAGAGCAAGGCAGAAAUGAAGAGGGAAUUGGCAGAAAGGGAGAGUCGCUAUGUUUUAAGGCAGGAAAAUGCCAGAAGUGAAGUUGAGAGUCAGAAAAGGAUGCUUGACAUAAUCUUGGAAGCAUUAAAGGUUGCUUCCUUUUUAUUCUCAUUUCUGUUCAAGGAAGAUUAAGCUUAAUGAAAAUCUGACUAUGUCUCCUGCAUAUUUUCAAGUGUUCCUUCCCCAUAUAUCUCAUUCCCCCCAAAUCUGUUUCUAUCUCUCAAGCUCUCAGGACUGGGGAGUGUAGUAAAGUUUCUUGUUGUCAAUUAGUGGAUAUUUCAUUUAUUCUACAGGGAGAGACACAUUCUCCAUUUGUUAAACUCCAAAGCAGAACGUAUGGAUAAUCCCUAUCUACUGAGCUCUUUCUUAGACACAGAGAAGGGGAAUACAUGAGACCAAAAGAUGGUGACUCCAAGCUUUCUGUAUUUAUCCCUAGUGACCAUUUCUCCUCUAGAUUAUUUCUAGAUUGGCACAUAAUCUCCACCUAUAGCUUCUACUUCACAUUUUUACCUUUGGAAUGAUAAUGAUCAUUUUACCUAUGCUAUUAGAUAAAUCAAUUAUUUUCAUUAGGUAAUGGAUAGCUAGAGAUGCUUAUAGAAUUCUUUCUAAAUGACCAUAAAUGUGUUGAAUUACAUUCUUAUGGAAAGACUGAAAUUGUUCCUUAUUAUCUGCCCACUGAAGAACAAAGAGUUGUUUGAAAAACAGAUUUCUUAGAACUCAACUAAGUGAAAUGUCAAAAGAGUAAAAGACAGAGAUUCAACAGCUAAGAGAACAAUGUUCAGUAUAUGCAGAUGUUUCUGUGGAUAGUCUUUAAGCAACAUAUAUGUAACCACUUCACUGAAUAACUAGUUCUGUCCUUUUCUUGUGAAACUCACUGUGGCCACCACAUUGCAAUCACUCCACACCUUGAUUACUUACCGCUAGGUGCUUCAUUCCCACACAGUUUCCCCCACCCAUUACAAUUGUUUGCUUAUUGCUACUAUAAUAAAACUUUUCUAUUCUCUCA